CGCCCCUAAAACCCUACCCAAAAUCUUUCCCCACCCGCCUCCGCCUCCCCCUCUCCGUCGCCAUGCGCCCCUUCCACCCUCCCCGCCACAUCGCCGCCCAGCCCCAUCACCCGCGGCCCGGCGACCCCGGCCAGCCCCCGCUCCACGCCCUCCCCAUGCACCAGCAGCAGCAGAUGAACCCCGCCGCGUUCCCCGGCUUCGGCGCCGCCAACCCCAUGGCGGCGGUGGCGGCGGCCAACCCCUUCCUCGCGAUGCAGCUCUUCGGCCAGGCGCAGCAGCUCCAGAACCUCGGCUACCUUGCCGCCGCCGCGCUCCAGCAGCAGCAGCAACAACCACACCACCACCAGCAACCACAACAGCAGCAAAAUCCGUUCUUUCCGGGAGGCUUCCCGCCGAACCCCAAUCAGUUCGGGGCCUUCCCUGGCCCGCAAUCCGGCUUCAACGGCGGCGGAGGCGGGUUCCGGCCUGGUGGUGCCGGGUUACCCGGGCCCCGGCCGCCCCUGCCGAUGAUGGGCGCUGCCUGGAAUGGUGGCAGCGGCGGCGUCGGCGUCGGGGCGAACGGCUCGCCGAGGCCUGCGCUGAACGUUGAUGGGAAAGAUCGGAACAGUGGCGGAGGGGUCGGUCAGGUAAACCAAACUAAUAACAAAUCAGAUGGCACCUCUCAUGUUGCCUCUGAAAAUGGUGUGAGGAAUAAUGCAACAGAUCAGAAAUCCCGAUUUAACCCUGGAAGAGAUGGUAAGGAUGGAAGGCAGUUUGGUCCAUCUGGUGGAAGAGGGAGAGGAGAUAGUAGGGGUGGAGGGCAAUUCAAUCCAUCUGGUGGAAGGGGGAGAGGAGAUAGUAGGGGUGGAGGGCAAUUCAGUCCAUCUGGUGGAAGGGGAAGAGGAGAUGGUAGGGAUGGACGGUUUAGCCCAUCUGGUGGCAGGGGGAGAGGGAGAAAUUUUAAUCAAGGCCGUGGAAGAGGAAGAAAUGACUGGAGAGAAGGAAAAUCUAAUUUUACAAGUAGUGACAGUCCAAUAUCAGGAGAUUGUCACAUUGACAGCCCAGCAUCUGAAGGAGUUCGAAAGCGCCCUCCUAUCAUUUAUGACAAAAAAGAAGUUAAACAGUGGGUUCAAGCACGCAAGAAAAACUACCCUACAAGUGCCAACAUAAACAAGAAGUUGUGUCAGAGUCAAUUGGAUGAGCAAAAGAAAGAUGAAGAGGCCCAAAUGCGCCGCCGGGAACUCAAGGAAGUUAUAGCAAAGCAGAAGGAAUUAGGUUUGGAACUCCCUGAACUACCACCUGGCUAUCUGUCUGACACUGAGGGUCAACCCAGGGGACGUCAAGGCAAUGAAAAGGAAAGUAAUUGGAAGACUCGACAGGGGGGUGGUCGUUUUGGAAACCGAGGGCGUGGCCGUGGUCGGGGCCGUGGCCGUGACAAUAAGCGACAGAGGUCUGACGACAGAGAAGAUUUUCAGUCUAAAAGACCGAGGGAGAGGAACAACAAUAGUCGUCGUCAUGAUGGUGGUGCGAUGGCCAAGAGUAGGGAACCAACCCUCCUGCAGAAGCUACUUAACUCUGAUAUCAAGAGGGACAGGCAUAGGCUUCUGCACACGUUCAAAUUCAUGGCCUUGAACAAUUUCUUCAAGGACUGGCCUGCCAAGCCGCUGGAGUUCCCUAGUGUCAAGGUGGACCAGAUAGAGCUUGAAAGUGAUAUUGACGAGGAAGACUCAGAUGAUGACUUGCCGGAUGCCGAGACGGCCAAGGACUGCAGCCUCGGUUUGAAGGGAAACGGCGAUCAGCCAGAAUCGAGCUCCAGCGAUGAGGAGGAUGAAAGUGAGGACGACGACGAAGCUGACGACAAGGGUGCUGAUACUGAAAUAACCGAAAAGGUUUCAGAUGAGGAUUCCGACGCAGAGCAAUGCGAAGAAGGUUUCUCAGAUUUCUCAGCCUGAGUUUCUUGACUAAACCAAGUAUGGGACCGUGUUUUGCGUGUAUAGUCACAGAAUAUUUGCAAGCCUCCUCACAACUUUAUCCUGUUGCCGUGAGCUAUGAUUUCGUUGUAAUGCUUAUGAAUGGUAAAAUGAUAUCGUUGUUGCAAGAAACAGCAGGCACAUGUGAUGUACUUGUAAGGGUAUCAUUUGUGCACUUUUGGCCUUUUGCAUGCAGUCGAUGCUC